CCGGCGGGAUAUUUCCGGCGACGAGAUAUCGGGCUCGCAGAGCGGCAUCCGCUGCCACUAGGCUGAGGCGCGCGGGGACUUCCGCCGCCAUGGACCCGUUCCUGGUGCUGCUGCACUCCGUGUCGGCCGGGCUGUCGGGCAGCGACCUGGCCCAGCUCAAGUUCCUGUGCCGGAACUGCGUUAGCAAGAGGAAGCUGGAGCUCGCGCAGAGCGGCCUGGACCUCUUCGCCGUGCUGCUCGAGCAGAACGCGCUGAGCGCCGAGCACACCGGGCUCCUGCGCGAGCUGCUCGGCUCCCUGAAGCGCGCGGACCUCCUGCGCCGCCUGGACGACUUCGAACGGGGCGCGGCGGGCGGGGCGGCGCCGGAGGAGCGAGACCUGCAGGCAGCGAUGGAGAUCAUCUGUGAUAACGUGGGGAAGGACUGGAAGAGGCUGGCUCGUCACCUCGGCGUGUCUGACAUCAAGAUCGAAGCCAUCGAGGAGAAGUACCCCCGAAACCUGGCAGAGCAGGUGAGGGAGCUGCUGAGGGUCUGGAAGAACAGUACGAGGCAGGACGCGGCUGUGUCCCGCCUGGUGGGCGCGCUCCGGGGCUGCCAGCUGAACGUGGUGGCGGACCUCAUCGAGGAGGACCAGCGGGCCCAGGCCCGCCAGAGCGGGAGCACCGACCCCGGGCCCCUCACGGCCUGGGACUUGGGCUCCGCCACCCCGGGAGCCUCCUGACGACCCAGUGGCUCUUCCGCGGGGACCGAGGGCGGCUGCACAGUCCUGACCACAUCGCGUCUGUGCCAGCCACGUGAAGACUCAGGGAGGCGGCUGUGGGCCCGUGCUUCUCUGUGCCAGGCGGGCGGGGGCACCAUGGUCGCCCCAGGAGGGCGACGCCGUCGUCCCCAUUUAACAAGUUCCUCCGGAGGGCGUGUGGCACCGCACCCAGGACUAAGGAGGGGUCUGUGAAACGCGGUGCUCUCACUGGUGCUCCUGGACACGAGAGGACGCGCAGCAUGGAGGAGCUGGGGGGCUGGGCUGGGGUCCAGUGCUGUCCGGCUCCAGAGCCCGUGCUUGGAAGCCCUGGCUCAUUCUCCUGCCCCUGCGCUUGCCAAAGACUUGGAGGCUGGUGGUGCCGACCGUCUCCAGGGUGGGUGGCGUGGGGGUGAGGCGCGCCCUCACAGGGCUGGGAGGCGGCCCAGGCUCUCAGGGCUUGGGGGAGCCAGCCUCCUGCCGUGGGGCCAGGCAGCAAGCACUCGGCACGUGCUGGUUCUCAGACAUACCGUGACUCCAGUUCCACGGUGCAUCACUAAAAACCACUUUUUCUGAUAACAAAACUGGCAAGGGAGCUGAAUCCUGUGAUUCUAAGAAGCAACUUUUCUUCCUGCUUGUAAGGUAAUCCUAUUGAAGCAAGUGCCUUUACAGAGGAAACCUCCACCGAAGGAGGUUUCAGCAGACAAAGAGGACAAAGAAUUUCCUCUUCCCACUGAGGGUGAUUUUCUUUUACGUAUUCUCAGAAGUCCCACUGUAGCCAAUUUCAGUGUCUCUUGAAGGUUAUCACAGGCCCAACCUGUGAGGAGGGGGCCUGCAUUUUCUACCAGCUCCAGGGACCACUGCCAAAGUGGGUGUUUACCCCGGUGAGCCGUGAUCUGCCAGAGGGCAGCUCUCACCUGCUGUGGGCCCUGCCUCCCUGCAGGAGGCAUCCGAGAGCCCAGCCUCGUGCCUUCUAGCUGUGACCUUGGGAAAGCUCCCGACAUCAUGCCAUGCCACCUUGACCUUGGGUUGCCAAGACCCUAGCAGCACUCCCUGCCCGGCUGCGGGCCCAGCCUCCAGCAGAUACUGACGGCGUCAGGCAGUGCUAGCUGAGCCCAGGCAGCAGACAAGACAGAAGCGGCCCUUCUCGGUUGACUCCGAAGCCUAGCUGGGAACACAGGUGUUAACCAUGCAUCACAAGUGUGGGAGCUGAGCCCAUUCAGCCCCAGAGCCAUGUGGUCCGGCCCAGGGUGAUGUGCUGAAGAGGCUUUGGUUCAGGGCGAGUCUGUGUGUUAUAGUAACAUCAUCACCACCAAUAAAGGCGGGGCUUGGCCAAUG